AUGGCGCAAUCACCCAUGAUAUCGAUUCCUAAGAAGACCACAGAGGAGGUCGACUGGACGACGCCAAUACGCAACCUUAUUUCACAAUCUUACGGAGAGAGUCCAGAUAAUUAUGCUGCAGAGUGCUCAGCCCUGCAGCGUUGUCGCCAGGACGCUGUACGGGGUGCAGGGAGCGAUAUCACAGCGCGAGACCUCCUCUACAAGUACUUUGGCCAACUCGAACUGCUGGAGCUGCGGUUCUCGGAGAUUCGAGUCAACUUUCCAUGGCAUGACGCGUUCACGAACAAGUUGAUCACGCAGACGUCUAUUGCGUAUGAGAAGGCGUCAGUCUUGUUCCAGAUCGCUGGGACACAUUCUGCUAUCGCUGCAAGCCAGAGCAGAUCGGAUCCCGAGGGUCUAAAGCGCGCAUUCUACUACUUCAGAGCUUGCGCAGGCAUGCUCACGUACAUCAAUGAGAAUUUCCUGCAUGCGCCAUCAACAGAUCUCAGUCGCGAGGUUGUCAAGUUCCUCAUCAACAUCAUUCUCGCCCAAGCAACAGAGGUAUUUUUCGAAAAAUGCACAGAGGAAAAGAAAGGCAAUGCUUUGGUGUCAAAAAUUGGGCAGCAAGCCGCGUCAAUGUAUACGUCAUUGACGGAGGAUGUGAAGGAAUUCAUGGGCAAAGGCAUCUUUGACCGCAACUGGGUUACUCUUAUACAGAUUAAAGCUAAAUAUUUCUCCUCACUCGCCCAAUACCACCGUGGCCUCGCAGAUAAUGCAGCCAACAAGCACGGCGACGCUCUCGUCCGCUUCAUCCAAGCGGAAUCGCUCGCGAAAGAAGCUAGCCGGACUGCAAGCAGCUUCGGCUCCAUGUUCGUGUCCAACAUGUCCCCCAACCUUCCCGCCGACGCAGGCACCGCCAUCGCCGAGCGCACCAAGGCGCACCUCGUCAUCUGCUCCGACAAAAAGGCUGAAGCGACGCGUGAGAACGACCUCAUUUACAACGCAAUCCUUCCCGCGUUCGAGGCUUUGCCGCAGAUUGAGAAGACGGUUGUGGCAACCCCGAUACACAUCCACGACGUCUAUGGUGCGCCCGAGGUGCAGAAGACGAUUGGGCAGGAUUUCUUUAUCAGGCUCGUGCCACUUAGUGUGCAUGAGAGCGCGUCUGUGUAUUCGGAGGAGAAGGCAAAGCUGGUGCGUGGGGAGGUGGAGAAGGCGGAUGCGGCGGAAGGAGAGGCACGGAGUGCACUGGAUGGGCUUGGCGUCAAAGAGGGGCUUGUGCGCUUUAAGGCAAUGGCAGAGGGCGAGGUAGGGGGUGGGGACGAGGUCCCGAUAGAUGUGCGGCGAUGGAAGGAGGACAUCGCGCUCGUUGAGGAUCGGGACGGCGUUGACGGGCUGAUGCGUGCGCUCAACAGCCUCAAGGGCAACGUGCACCACGAUCUGGAGGCGAUUUCGCGCGAUCUGGAUGCCGAGUCAAAGGAGUGCGAGGUGAUGAGAGUCAAAUAUGAGCAUCUGUGGUCGCAGGCGCCGAGCGCGACGAUUACGAAGAACUUUAGGCAGGAUCUCAAGUCGCAUUUUGGUGCGCUGGAGGCUGCAGCAGCGUCAGACCAGCAGGUGACAGCGUUGUGGGACUCGGUGAGGAGUGAUAUCCAGUUGUUGCUGAGUCCACAGGUCGAACAACUGUUUUCGGAGAGGGGCGGUUCGAAGCCAGAUAACCUACUUGACCUGGACGUGGAUAAUGAUGCCGACGAAUCAAAGGAAAGAACGAAGAUCAAGGGAUACGUCGAUGAGAUUGAAGAGCGGUUGAAAAGACUCAAUCUGAUCUCUAAGGAACGAGGGGAGGUUCUCAAAGAUCUGAAAGAGAAGAUUCAAACAGACGACGUUUCCCAUCUCCUACUUCUCAACAGACGCAAUGCAGGUGUCGAACCAACCCUCUUCGCUGCUGAGCUCGAGAAAUUCCGGCCGUAUCAGCAACGGCUGGCAUCCACGGUACACCAUCAGGAAAUGGCGCUGCAGGAGGUCACCACACUGUGGAAGGGUCUAAAAGAACUUGCUGGACGUGGUGCGGGCGCGCGGAAGUGGGAAGAAAGGGAAAAGAGGAAGAAAGAUACUGUGAGGCGGUUUUCGCGGGCUAGAGAUGGGUAUAUGGAGGUCCGGGACGGAUUGGCGAAGGGGCUCCAGUUUUACACCGAGCUGACAGAACUCGUCUCUAAACUUGGUACACACGUGCGUUCGUACAUAACGGAACGCGGUGUCGAACGUGAAGCACUUGUUGCGAAACUGGAAACGGAGAAGAGACUGGCGUCUGCGACUUCACCACCACCGCCGCCCCCGUUGGCAUCUAAACCUCCUCUUCCACCGCCUCCUCCUCGUCAAGCAACUUUGGAUAGUGCCUUUUCUUCGCUUAGUCUGCAGAAUGCACCAUCGCCGCCCCAGCAACCACCUCAACAUUCUUGGCAGACGAGCCCACCACCAACGCAACCUUACGGAAAUGGUGCCAAUUCAUCUUACGGAGCUGGACAACAGCAGCAACAGCAUGCGCCGUCACCGUACGCAAGUGCACCUCCCCCUCCGCCACCUUCAUCCCAGCCAUCUCAGUAUUCAUACCAACAACCACAACAGUAUGGUAAUCCGUCACCGUAUGGUAACCUCCCACCCCCACCCCCUCAGCAACAGUCCUCGUCGUUCCUUCCCCCGCCGCCACCACGGCCACCUGCGCAUUCAUCGUCGUAUUCAACGACGUCGCCAUCUGCCCCGGCGGUAGACCCAUACGCAAAUCUGGGAUUGUUCAAUCCUUCUGCGCCUAGUCAGCCGCCGCCACCGCCUCCGCCGUCACAGCCUGCUCAACAAAACUCUGGGUACGGUGGUGGUGCGGGAGGGUAUUAUUCUCAACAGCCGCCACAGCAGCAGAAUCAUUAUGGGAGCACACAGUUCCCCCCGCCUCCCCCACAACCCCAGUCGCAGCAGUAUCAGGGGUAUCAACCACAGCAGCAGCAGCAGCAGCAAGGAGGGUACCAGAUGCCCCCGCCGCCUCCUGGUCAGCAGCCACAGUAUUCAAGUUAUCAGACGCCGCCACCCCCACCUACGUCGUACCCCCCUAGUAGUGGGUAUUCGCAACAGGGGUAUGGGAGGUGA